GUUAAUUGUAAAAUAUCAAAAAUAGCCUUGAAACUUAGUGUCGUUUUCGCUGCUGCAUCUCUAAGGAACUCAGUGUCGUUUUCGCUGCUGCACACAAUCCGUGUAUUUCGAUUGCAAAGGUACGAAUAUGGAGUCUGGAGCAAAUACGGAACUCCAAGGCGGUAAAGCGUGAAGCUUGGCUCGACUAAAUGAAGAAGAAACUGUGUUGGUGCAUUAGACGGGACUUAUGUUAAAGUUCAUGUGGACCAAAAGGAUCACAAUCGUUUCCGUUCCAGAAAAGGAGAUACUGCCACAAAUGUCCUUGGUGUUUGUAACCCACAAAUGCAAUUUAUCUAUGUUUUUCCUGAAUGGGAGGGGUCAGCUGCGGACGGUAGAGUCUUAAGGGAUGCCCUCACUAGAAGAUUUCGAGUUUCCCAAGGUUAUGCAAACUGUGAAGGGUUUCUAGCACCCUAUCGAGGACAAAGAUAUCACUUAUCUGAAUGGCAAAACAAUCAUCUUCUUCAUAAUGCGAAAGAGUUUUUUAAUAUGAAGCAUUCAAAAGCUAUGAAUGUGAUUGAGCGUGCAUUUGGAUUACUUAAGAAUCGAUGGGCAAUCUUACGAAGCGGGUCGUGGUAUUCUAUGCCUAUGACAUGUCGAAUAAUAGUGUCAUGUGCACUGUUACAUAACUUUAUUCGACAUGAACAUAACAUUGAUCCUAUGGAGGAGGAGGAGGAUCUAUCAGACGAGGACUCAGAUGAUCCAGAUGAUGAGUAUGAUUCAUUUGUUGGAGCUGACUUACGACCUAGUGAAGCAUGAACUACAUUUAGAGAAGAUUUAGUAACUGAAAUGUAUGCUUCUUGGAAAAAUUGAAGUCAAGCAUAAAACUUGAUGUUUAUUUGAAGUACAAUAUGAAGUUCAUUUAGAAGUGCAAACGUGUAUAUUUUGUGGAGUAAUAUUUUGUUACUAUCUUUUUGGGAAUUCAAACUCCAAUA